UAUUGGUGGAGCUGUUAAGCCAUUCUUUGUCUCUCUCUUCUGAGAGAGAGAUACAGAGAGAGAGAGAGAGAGAGAGAGAGUGUUGAGUGUGUCACAAAGCAGAGAAAGAAAGAAAGAAAGAAAGAAGGGUACCCCGCAACCCCAGAAAGUAUCAAAUGGCAAAUGGUGAGUGAUUCAGUAAAUAGCAUUUUUGAAGUGAGAGAAAACCCCCAAAACCCACAAAAGCCACCCAUCACCACCAACUAGCCCUCUCAGUCGGAAAGGCCACUGAUUUGGGUUUCUCUCUGUGGGAGGGACUUCAACUUCAGCCAUCGCCUUUCUCUGUGGGUUGCUCUACCUUUCUCUUUUUUUUUACUCUUCUGAGUUUCUGGAGCUAAAGUUUCGAUUUUUGAGUGUUUUUAAUCGUGGGGUUUUAAAAUUUUCCUGGUUGAUGAAUCUGGUAUGUGUUUGAAGUAAGGUAGUUUGAUGAACAACCUUUUUGUUCUGCUGGGUGUUUGAGCUGUAAUUUUUGCUCGAUUUUCCUUUUUCCCCUUCCUUUUUUUGUGAGGAAUAUAAAUGAUUCUGGUUUUGGAUAGAUACCCUGAACUUGUCAAUUGGUUUAGACUUUGUUAUUUGUAUGAAAAUGCUUUUAGCUACUACUUGUAGCUUAUGGUGAUUUAGGGGUAAAUCGUUAGAGACAACUCUUAAAGGAAAAAAAAAAAGGGUUUAUAAAGGGAUGGCAGCAGAGUCAAACGCUGGGUUUCACAGUGAAAGUUUAGAUUCUGCUUUGAACAGGCACGCAAUAUCAUUUCAGCCUAGUGCUAUGAAUAGCUUGUCUGAGAUGGUUCCAAUGGGAAAUUAUUUUGGGUUGAGUAGUAGUUCUGGUAUGAUAUAUUCUCCAAAUUCAUCCAUCAUUAGUAGCACCAGCAACCCUGUCAUAAGUCAAGCUGGUAAUUCAUCUGGCUCCUCGCUGCUUCUUGAUUCGGUUCCCGGGCUGAAGCACGACGCAGGAUUGGCUGUUGAGUGGUCUGUUGAUGAGCAGUACAAAUUGGAGGAGGGUCUUGCAAGAUAUGCCGAUGAGCCAAGUAUAAUGAGGUACAUAAAAAUUGCUGCCACAUUGCCUGAUAAAACUGUUCGCGAUGUUGCUUUGAGGUGUAGAUGGAUGACAAGAAAGCGGAGGAAAUCAGAAGACCACAAUCUGGGAAAGAAGGUCCAUAACAGAAAGGAUAAACCAAUGGACUCAGCUUCGAAGACAAACAUGGCUCUAAACCCUAGCAUGGCCACAUACAUGUCACGCCAGACUGACCGAAGUCAACGAAUAAUAUAUGAUGGAAUUUGUGGUCCUUUGAGGAAACUCAUGGAGCAGAAUGCUCAAGCAUUUAAUCAAAUCACAAACAAUUUGUCUAGUUACAAGUUGCAGGAUAACAUUGAUCUCUUUUGCCACACAAGGCACAACAUUUGUUCAAUUCUUAAUGACAUGAGAGAGAUGCCUGGGAUUAUGAGUCAAAUGCCACCGCUGAACGUCACCAUUAACGAUGAUCUUGUUAGUAUUAUUUUACCUGAUAGAACUUAGCAAUUCAAGAGGACAAAUUGCUGACUCCAUCAAGAUUGCCUCAGUGUAGAAGAGAUUGGCAUUUUUUACGCGGAAGCCUACGCUUCGAGCGUGGUGGUGCUGAAUGCGAUUGAGGAGCCAGGGCAUCACUGAAUCUGCACAAUCUCAAGAGUCUCUAAUCCACCAUCAUCUUUGAUCUCACUGCUUUCUGGUUUAUAUUUUUUGUUUGAAGGGAAACCUGGAACUGCUGUUGUAUAAAUAAGAAACAUUUCUCCUUGCAAAAAAUUGAAAAUAGGAAAGCAUUUAAUAUAACAAUGGCUUGAACUCAA